AUGACUCACUUGAUCUAUCCUCGUCCGAAACUUCCGGGUGCCUUUUCUGUUCGAAUUGAGACCUAUCAUUUUAAAGAACUAGUUCAUUUCUGGGAAUAUCCUAUCAGUCCACUCGACUUUCUACCUGUACUACGUGUUGCCAAAGUGCUUCGAUUUCCUGCUCGUUCAUUUCCCUGGUUUUGUUCACACAACUAUUGUGAAAAUAAUGGAACUUGUCAUCAACGAGAGGACAACCGAUUUCUCUGUAUUUGUGCAAACGGUUGGAAAGGUAAACUGUGUGAGAUGAAAACUGAGCAUAUUCAUUGUGCAUCACAUUCACUGGCACGAACAGAAACCAUCUGUGUUUGUCCGCAGGGCUAUCUCGAACCUUACUGUUACGUUCAGAAUCUAAAGUGUCAACCACAUACUUGUGAACUGAGUAAAACUUGCAUUCCGCAAUCACAUUUUCCUAUAUAUGGACAUAUUUGUAUCUGUAAUACAUCUGAUUGUAAUGUCGACCGACCAGUGAUUAGUGUUCAUCGACAAGAGCCGAAUCAAUCACCAUUUCUUUUGCAAUUACUACAGCUUACAGGGGACUAUCCGACGAUUCGUCAGCAAAUUCUCAUUCAACCACUGACUUCGUUUCCUUUGAUCAAAACCAUUAAAACUCGUGAUAGGGAUUAUUCAAUUGGAGAACAACCUGAAAUCGGAUUACUCUUCACUUUUGAACCAAAUGCAUAUUCAAUCGAGACUACAUUAUAUUUGCUUUUUAUCAAUUGUUCUAAUGCGAUGCGAAACUUUUCCGUUGAUCUUGAUCUACAACUGAAUAAAUGUUAUGUUCUACCCGAAAAUCAACGACAUUCUGUUACAUUAUUUGGUAGUUUUUGCCAAAAUUUCACAUAUGGUACUUGCUUUAUAUCUGAUGGAUAUCUUUGUUAUUGUGGUUAUCCGAAUAAAAAUCAUAGUAAUUGUCUUUCUUAUCAACGACGAUACACGGUAUGUAGCUAUUGUCAAAAUCAAGGACACUGUGUUCAAGGUGAUCUAACAAACAGAACUGAUUUUGCUUGUGUGUGCCCAAAGGCAAGCAAAUAUCAAACUCUUGAAACACUACGUUCAAGAAAAUCAUCAUCAACUUCAUUAGUAAUAUAA